AGCGCAGAGUGACAGAUGGCGAGUCCCUCUUCCCUCGGGAACAAUCUCUCCGAAUGCAGGCGCAUGUCAAUCACCGACUCUCAUGUGAUGGCUCUUGCCAGUGACGUGCCAGCCAUAUCCUGGCAUCAUAGCUGGUAUCUCGCAACCAUGCUAACCAGGCUAUUCAGCGACCCUUCACUGCUCCCAGAGGUCCAGAAAUACACGGGCUGGGCUGAAGACAGCGAGAGCGAGGACUCCAAGGCAAAGGACGACGAAGUGGAUCAGCCAUGCGACUUGCAGGAUGAAGAAAUGGAUGAAUCGCAUCUGAGAGGGGACGACAGCAGGCCGGACUCUGAAAUGGCUAUUGAAGAUGAGGAUGAGGAGGAUGGUGAGGAGGACGAGGGGGCGGACGAGACAGAGGGUGAACGACCUAAAAAGCGUGGCCCCAAAAAACGUAAGAUGACCCAGGCCCGGAUAGAGCGUUCCAAGGUACGCCGUCAAAAGGCCAAUGCCCGGGAGAGAACCCGCAUGCAUGACCUGAAUUCUGCCCUUGACAAUCUGAGAAAAGUGGUGCCCUGUUAUUCUAAAACUCAGAAACUUUCUAAAAUCGAGACAUUGCGAUUGGCCAAGAACUACAUCUGGGCUCUUUCGGAGAUCCUCCGUUCGGGGAAAAGACCCGACCUGGUAUCUUACGUGCAGACUUUAUGCAAGGGUCUCUCUCAGCCAACCACCAAUUUAGUGGCCGGCUGCCUGCAGCUCAAUUCUAGGAACUUCUUAACAGAGCAGUGUCAAGAAGGUGGUCGUUUCCACGGCCCCAACUCGUCCUUCUCCAUGCACCCUUACUCGUACCAGUGCUCCAGGCUGUCGAGCCCGCAUUGCCAGUCCAGCACCAUGGCCAACUCCCACGCGUUACGGACGCACGCCUAUUGCUCCACCUACGACUCUCUUUACGCUGGGAACACGUCUCCUGAAUACAACAGCCCCGAAUACGACGGUCCCAUGAGUCCGCCUCUGUGUGUCAACGGAAAUUUCUCUCUGAAGCAACAAGAACCGUCGUCCCCGGACCACGACAAGAAUUACCACUACUCUCUGCACUACUCCACCCUGCCCAGCUCUCGACCGUCUGGCCACAACCUUGUCUUCGGCUCGUCUGCCAUGCGAGGCGGAGUUCACUCGGAAAACGUACUGCCUUAUCACGACAUGCACCUGCAUCACGACAGACCGCCCAUGUAUGAAGAGCUCAACGCGUUUUUCCACAACUAAUUCAAUAAGCAAGUUUUUUCCCCCCAUUUCCAUGUACACCAGCAAAAGCUGAUGCACAGCACCAAAUCUGCGAAAAAAAACUCGCCAUAUUGAUGUCAUUUAAUUCCGUAUUGUUUUAAUUUGAAAGGCUCCUGAUUACUUUUAUAAGUGUGCAAAGGGUGAUACACUUACGACAUCUAACACAUAACAAAGUCCGUACCUUAUUUUUUACUUUACAGCAUUAAAGGAGGAAACUUGGUCAUCUCUAUUUUUAAUUCUUUACCUCAAAUUUCCCCUAAAACAGUAAUUGUGCCCGAAGCUGUUUAUUUAGGAAAAUUCAUUCAUAAUCUGCACCUAUAACAAUAUUAGUAAUGCUUGACAGUUUAUUUAUUUGUCUGUAGUUAUGUUCGUCUGCACUAUUAAUUUUUUUUUUUUGGAACCAACAAGAUUAUAAGAAAUUGUCAUUUCUUAGCCUUCACGUGGAUCUUUUAAAAGUCUCGUUUUUAGUCAACACGUUUAAUAAGCAAUAAACACAUAAAGACACAACUAUGCAAUUUGACUUGUAAACCUUCACAUAUUUUGUGAAAUCAAAACCCAUAAUGGACCAAGUAAUUUUAUCUGAAAGCAACAUAUGCACUUGUGGAGAUACGCAACUAAAUGUUAAUUUAGAUAAUGAAUCUGUUUUGUCGUUUAAUCUUAGUGUUUGGGGGCGCCUGACAUUCCCUCUGAUGAGUAUUCGAUGUAUUGUAGACGGAUCAGAACUUUAAGCUUAUAAAUGUCUUUGAUCAUAAUUACUAAAUAAAUGAAAUAUGCAAGAAGAGUGUGGGGGGCGGCUGGGAGGUUGGGGGAUUGAUUAACCAUCUUUUGAGACAUCUUUAGAUCACAGAGAUCGUGUCGGUCCAAGGCCUGAUGCCAUCUUAGGAAAUAUAAGAUAAGUGGUCUCGAAAUUGGCCUUCAAGACUAACGUGUGAGGACGCACACACGUACACUACAUGUGUGUAUGUAUAUAUAUAUAUAUAUAUAUAUAUAUAUAUA